CCCCGCCCCCCCCGCCCCGGGGGCCGGUUGCAGCCCGGCUGCGUGUGCGGAGGCGCAGGAAGGGGCUGGGACAAGGCUGAGCCGCCGAGCGGUGGGAGGGGGCGGCGGCGGCAGCGGCGCUGGGGACACCCCCCCCUUCACCCCCACCCCCCCACCCUGCACCCAGAGCUCGGCGGGGCGGUGGGCACCGAGACAGGGGAGGUAUGGGGUGGACGAGCAAGGAGAGGAACCCCGAGAAGGUCGUGGUGAAGGUGGAGCAAGGCGCGGGGGCGGUGGAAGGCGCUGCUGAAGAUGAGGAGGCAACGCGGGACGAAGGCUGCGGGAUCUGGAGGCCGGGAGGCGACGGCGUUGGGGUGAGGUGGGGAGAAACGGCCAACCAAGGCAACGCGGAUGAGCUGGGCGGAAGCGGGUCCCAGCCGAAGCCGAAACCCAAGCGGAAGCUGCACAAGUGCGAGGAGUGCGGCCGGGUCUUCAACUGGAGGAACCACCUCGUCCGCCACCAGCGCCUCCACACGGGCGAGCGGCCCUACAAGUGCUCCCUCUGCGGGAAGGGCUUCAACGACGGCUCCCCGCUGCUCAUCCACGAGAUGCUCCACCGCGGGGAGAAGCCCUACAAGUGCUUGGAUUGCGGGAAGAGCUUCAGCCAAAGCUCCCACCUCAUCUCCCACCAGGUGGUCCACACCGAUGAGAAACCCUACGUCUGUCCCGACUGCGGGAAGUGCUUCGCCCGGCAGCAAUAUCUCCUCAUGCACCGCCGCGUCCACACGGGCGAGAGACCCUACAAGUGCCGGGAUUGCGGGAAGAGCUUCCGGAAAAGCUCCGACCUGGUGAGGCACAAGACGGUCCACACGGGCGAGAAACCCUUCAAGUGUCCCGUCUGCGGGAAGGGUUUCACCCAAAACUUCCGCUGUAACGCCCACAAGAAGGUCCACAGCAAGGAGGGGGAGGGCGGCCGAGCGGCGUCGCCGCCCCGGCACACGCAGCAGAGCAGCCGCCAGACCACGGUCCCACCAGCAGGUGACGGCGGCCACCGAGAGACUUCCCAGCCCGGAGACCCCCAGCAAGGAGGACGAGGCGGGUCCAGCUCGAGGAUGGAGGGCGGGGGCGGGCGUCGGGGUCCCGAGGAGCACAAAGCCCCCCCGGAGCGGCCGGGAGCGGGGCCGUGGCCUGGCGAGGGGCCGGCGCGGCCGCCUCCUCCUGCGGCCGCCUCGGAGGCGCCCGGGGGGACGUUCCCCGGCGAGGAGCGGGCGCACGAGCGGCGGCGAAGCUUCGGCUGCCGGAAGAGCCCGGGCCACCAGCGGCAGCCCCGCGGCCACCAGCGCCCCGGCCGCGGGAAGGGCUUCGGCGAGGGCUCCGACCUCGCGUCCCGGCGGCCGGAGGGACCCGCCGAGCCCCGGGGCCCGGCGAUAAGCCCGGAGCUCCUCCAGCGGGGCCCGCGCGCGGCCGAGAGGUCCCACCUCUGCUCCGAGUGCGGGAAGAGCUUCACGCGGAGGUUCAACCUCAAGCUCCACAAGAAGCUCCACACCGGGGAGAGGCCCCACAAGUGCCCCGAGUGCGGGCUGAGCUUCACCAACACGUCCCACCUCAUCGACCACCACCGACCCCGUUGGGGCAGGAAAGGACCGACCCCCCCGCUCCCCUCGAGCCUCUGCCCUGGCUCCGAUUCGCGCCGGAGCCUGAGCUGUUUAGAAAAGCAGGGAGGCUGCCGAGCGCUGGAAGAAGGGGGCGGCGGGUCCCGUCACCGGCUCCGGGUCGGGUGGGCGCGGGGCGUUACCCGCCAUGGAUAAAUGCCAAAGCCAAGCCCAGCCGGUGGGCGCGGGAGGCGGCAGCGUCCCCCCUGCGCCCGGCGCUGCAGGGAAGGGAGGGCCUGCUUCUCGCCGCUGCCUCGCGCCCAGGAGGGUCGGUCCCGGUUUCGGGGAGAGCUCUGGCGGCGCAGGGGGGACCGAGGAGCUCCUGACCCGCCAGGGAUCCGCGCGGUCGCAGGACCUCCGGCCGGCACCGAGGCGUUCUCGGGGAGAAGCUCCCAGCCCCGGCGCGAGGGGCUCUGAGCAAGGCGCCUGGAAGGGAAGAGGCAUUCCUCUCGCCCGAGGGGCGGCUGCCUGCCCGUGCGGUGCGGCGAAAGCCCCGCAGGGUGGGCUGCAAAGGUACCUAAGGCAAGGAUGCCGUGCCAGGGGCCGGCCGCGCGUAGGGCGCCGGGGCGUAUGGGCUGGUGCUGGUGGCUGCUCGUUCUGGGUGGCCAGAAGCCUCUCCCUGUGGCACCCCUCAGGCUGGAGAAGCAGUCCCAGUGGCACUGGAAGGAAUAAGCCCUGGUUUCGGGAUGCCGAUUGGAACGCCCUCAGAGCGAGGAGCCCGUCUGGUGGCAAAAGUCAUCCGCUCACUGGGAAGGCGAUGCGCGAGGCAGCGGGACGGACACACACCGUGGAGGCCGCGGUCUAGUGGGAAGGUGGAAAGAAUGAGGCAAACGAAGCAAAGGCAGGUGAGCAGAAUUUGUCAGGAAGAGCAGCUCAAGCGGCCGGACGCUCUCCCGGCCGCGUCGCCGAGAGCAGGGGUUGCAGCGAGACCCAGAGAAAGGGUCGGCCCUUUUGAAAUACCGCAGGGGAGGCCUGAUGGAAGCCUAAAUCGUGAGCCGGGCCCGACAGAGUCAGUAGGGAAAGAGUGUCUUAAAGAGGAUGGGAUUCCUCCAGGGCAGGUUUUGUCUUCCCUGAAGAGGUGAGCUGAGCUCACCCUUAGGCCCGGCUCCUGCGGCCCCCAAAUUUGGGUCGGGAGAGGGGCUCUGUCUAAGGACGUGGCACGCGGGACCUGUGGCAGGACGUUGGGAAGGAGCCUCUCGAGCCCUCCUGACUACAUCUGCGGCAGCCAGGCUUGAUGGAGGGGGGCCGCGGGCUCGUCACAGCCGGCUCGGGGCAGGACGCCCACCAGGUACGUGGGCUGUGGGGAAACAGAACAAAAGCCCUUGGAAAGGGGCGAGUCGUGAGUCGUGCCUGGGCUCCGGGCAUGGCUUAUGCGGAUUUAGGCCGUGCACAGGGCGCGCUCUCCGUUGCAGGUAUCGCAGUUUUGUGGGGGACGGUGAUAGAGACACGGAGGCCAAAACUCUAACUGUGGUAAUGCCGCCAGCAGAAAGUGAAGGAUUAGAGGCCAGUUUCGUUCUGAAGUUAGGUCCGGGCUUCGGGAAGGUGCCCAACACCUCGAGUAUUUCUCCUUGUGUCCCCACCUGAGGCGCACCGGAGCAGAAACCCCGCAGGAUGCGGCCCCCGGGCCCGGCAGGGAGGUCAGUGCCUUUGGUCAAGGCCCGCAGAGGGCCGAGAGCAGACGGUACGUGCUCCUCACACACGGACAGAGCCACAACAGCAGCCGCAGCACGUGGGACCCGAUUCUCCUCCUGUUAUUCCUGUAAGCCAGAAAGCCGGGCAGGUCCUGGGGAGCGGGCGCCGCGCUCGGCCUGGGACGGAGAGCCACAGACUUCGGGUUUGGAAGGGCGGGUGGACGGUCCCUCGCAGGGCGGUUUGGUCCCGGGUUCGGUUGUUCCAGGGGUUGCGACGCCCACCCUGGCAACGACAACGAGCCGCAUGAAGGCGGCGAUGCCGAGGCCUGUCUUUGUCGGCAGCGUAACACGGGCCACAGAUUAUGGACGUCCCGGGUGAAACGUCUGCAACUCCCAAAGGGGGGAAUUGCGACGGCAAACGUGCCUGUUCUUCUGGGAUGCGGCGGGGUAGCGCAGGAGUUAGUCGUGGUUAAGAGAGGGUCAGCGUGAGGGGUGGCAACUGACCCCUGAGAACCUUCCCGAGGCAGUAAAUAACGCUGGGGCCGGGCGAGAGGGUAUCGGCAACGCACGCCGCGCUGGCGAGGGCCUGCGGAAAGCCUGGCAGCGGGGCCGCCCUGCCGCAGAGAGGGGGGGAGGUAAGGGGAGGCCAGGGGGGACGUCCCCAGCGGUGAAAGGGAACUUCUGGGCCCAGAAGGCGCCGAAUCGGCGGCGGGGGGAGGUGGCGACCGCCCGCUCAGCGGGGGCACGACAGGAGCGACCCCCGCGCCCCUCUCGAGCCUCUGCAGGGAAUGAAAUUCACGCUGGAGCUGGAGCCCUCAGCAAAGAAGCUGCAGAGCACUGGGAGGAGCGGGCGCUGGGCCAGGCCAAGGGUGAGGCAGGCGCGGUGCGGUGGCUGCCACGGGCCCCGCCGGGGCCCCCAGAGCUGGGGUCCCGAAGAGCGGGUUCCUUCGCCCGCGCUGCAAAACGCCAACCCCCGCCCAGAGCCGCGGGGUUUGGAUGGGCCCGUUUGGGGGCUGGGCUGGGGGCUGGGCGGUGACUGCACAGAGCUGCCGUGCGCUGCGAGGCGUUGGCACAGCGCCCUGUGCCCGUGACAGCCCACACCCGCACUGCCGCCCAUCGAGCUGCUGCUCAGGCCUCGUCUCGCUCCGCUCGAGAGGUUCAGCUGCCUGUCAGUGCCCCACGCGUGCUCCGAGAGCGAGGGGCUCGUUGGAGCAGGGGGGUUUCUGCCCUGCUUUGGGGGAUGCUGGGCGCUCUAAUGGGGAGAGUUCACCUAGAGGCCCCUCCGUGUUAGCUCUUGCCAACACCCCGACUCAUGGUUCCCUUUGACUACAGGCUCUGUGACCCAGCUCUCGGUGCCUCCUGAGGCGGGAUGUUCCCUUUGAUCAGCCUCUCGGCUCUUCUCCAAGGUCAGAGGCGUAAAACAGGCGCUCCCCUCUCUCUCCCCUCCCUUCUCUGGCCGCCAGGUUCUGUUUUGCCAGCCCAACGUGGCUCGCGCUUGCUUAGAAAAAGUCCCAUUUUGUCUGGGGCUAUGGCGGGGAUGGUGCUCCCCCAGGGGUGAUGUUGUCCCUCGGGGUGAUGCCGGAGG